AUGAAGGAACAGGUCGACUACUCGCUGUAUCUCGUGACUGACUCGACUGAGGCCAUAUUGGGCUCGAGAGAUUUGGUCGAUGUUGUUGAGCAAGCUUUGUUAGGAGCCCACAACAUUCCCCUCCUUAUCAAUGACCGCGUGGACGUAGCUCUGGCAGUGGGCUGCGAGGGAGUUCAUCUAGGCCAAGAUGACAUGAACAUCUCUUCAGCCCGCCACAUCCUUGGUCCAGAUGCCAUAAUCGGAGCAACCGUCUCCUCCAUCGACGAAGCCCGCAUAGCCGUCGAGCGAGGAGCAGACUACCUGGGCAUCGGCACUCUGUACGCCACCAACACCAAGAAAAACGCAAAAGACAUCAUCGGCAUCAACGGCAUCCGCAAGAUCCUGCGCCACCUCGAACAGGGAAACGACGCAGAGAAGAAAGUCAAAACAGUCUGUAUCGGCGGCGUCAACGCUUCCAACCUCCAACGCAUCCGAUACCAACUCCACGCCCCAUCCUCUCCAUCCACCCCACCCAAAGCAAUCGAUGGCGUCGCCAUCGUCUCCGCCAUAAUCGGCGCCCCAGACCCCAAAGCCGCAUCAGCUCACCUCUCCAUUCUCUCAACUUCCCUCCCCCCAUUUAAAUCGCAUUCCACAGAACCUCAUUUCUGGCUCGAAAAAGAAUCCGACGAGAUCGCGCACAUCCUCACCUCCGCCCUGACCGCCACUUCAAACGUGAAAAAGACGGCUCCACUAUCCCAUAACAUGACCAACCUCGUCGUCCAAAACUUCGCCGCAAACACCGCCCUAUCCAUCGGCGCAUCGCCCAUAAUGGCAAACUACGGUGCUGAAGCGGACGACCUAUCUGCCCUCAAUGGCGCGCUGGUAGUCAACAUGGGCACCGUCACGCCCGACGGCCUGCGCAACUACGCCCAAGCCAUCCGCGCAUACAAUCUCUCCGGCGGGCCUAUCGUCCUCGAUCCCGUGGGCGCGGGGGCUACAUCCGUCCGGCGCGCGGCGGUCGCGGAGUUGAUGAGCGCGGCGUACUUUGACUUGAUCAAGGGAAACGAGCGGGAGAUCCUGGCUGUUGCGAGGGCAAGCGGGUUCAGCGUGGACGACAGCACGCAGCAGCGCGGCGUGGAUUCUGGGGACGCGCUGUACACGCUCGAACAACGCGCAUAUAUCGUGGCUCGCCUGGCCUUGCGCGAACGGAAUGUCGUGCUGAUGACGGGCGCGACGGAUGUGAUAUCUGAUGGCAUCCGCACGUAUGCGAUAUCCAACGGUCAUGAGUAUCUGGGCAAGAUUACGGGCAGUGGGUGUACGUUGGGCACGACGCUCAGUGCGUAUUUGGCGGCGAAUAGGGGGGAUAAGUUACUUGCGGCUGUGGCGGGUGUGCUGCAUUAUGAGAUUGCUGCGGAGCAGGCGGCAGGGAGGCAGGCUGUCAAGGGGCCGGGCACGUUUGUGCCGGCGUUCAUCGAUGAGUUGUAUAAUUGCAGUGUGGAGAUUGCGGAAGGGACGAAGACGUGGGAGGGCGUGGCGAAGAUUAAGUGUUUGAAGGAUGUUCCAGAUGCUGGGUUGUUGAAGGAGGUCUGA